AUGGAUUUAGAUUUCGAUGUACUAGAAGAUGAUGAAUUAGAUGCAUUUGAUCUAGUUGUAUAUGGAAUACCGCGAAACAUACAUAUACGUGCUAAUUAUUUUGAAAAAUAUGACGACUUAAAUUUUUUUAGAAGAUUAAGGUUACGAAAACAGUCUGUUAUGAGGCCUAACAGGCCUAUUAAUAUAUUAGAACAAAUUCAAGAUCGCCUGGAGUAUACACGUUACAGAAAUAAUCCAGUUACACCAAUGCAACAAUUGCUCAUUGCUUUACGUUUAUAUUCGACUAAUGGAUUUUUGAUAACAAUGGGUGAUUAUGGUGGAAUGGAUAAAUCUACAGUUUCAAGAAUAAUGGUGAGAGUGUCUGAGGCUAUAGCUUCAUUGGCAAACAUUUACAUAAAAUUACCACAAACACAAGAAGACAUUUUACGAACUCAGAGAAAUUUUUUUAAUAUUGCUGCAUUUCCAAAAGUAAUUGGUGUCAUUGAUUGUACACAUAUAAAAAUACAAUCUCCAGGCCCUUACGAGUGUAACGUGUUCGUCGCGUCGAGAAUCUUGUUUGAUCUUGCUACUGCUGUUUUUGCAGUUUGUCAAGAUUCUCUUUGA